UGGCCGUCUGUUAGUCGGUAUCGAACCGUCGUGCUCGUAAGGUGUAUCUCGUAGUGACAUGUCGAGUUUACGGGGUGUCGUUACAGAAAAUUUUUUGUUAAAUUAAAAAUAAUAUUACCUUUAAGAAGAAUAUUUGUUUAUAUUAAAUAAAAAAUGCCGACGUAGAUGGCCGGCUACUUUUCAGGUGAUAAGUGAAUUUAACGUCGACAAAAAGGAUCAAAUUAAUUUAUCGACGUGAAACGAAAGACUGAAAUAGAGGAUUGAACAAGACACUUAUUGUUUCCCAAUAUAAAAUUAUUAUUAAUAGUAAUAAUAAAUUAUAAAUAGUAAUAUAAAAGCAAAAAUGGAAUCAGCAGGGACACAAGGUAAAAAACAAAUCCGCGUGGGUUUUUAUGACAUCGAGGGGACGAUUGGUAAAGGUAAUUUUGCAGUUGUCAAAUUGGCUCGGCAUCGAAUCACCAAAACUGAGGUAGCUAUUAAAAUAAUCGAUAAAACACAACUGGACUCGACGAACUUGGAGAAAGUCUACCGCGAAGUGGAGAUAAUGAAGCAACUGGAGCACCCGCACAUUGUUAAAUUGUACCAAGUUAUGGAAACUAAAAACAUGAUUUAUAUGGUGUGUGAGUACGCGAGCAAAGGAGAAAUAUUUGACUACAUUGCUCGGUACGGCAGAAUGGGAGAGUCUCGUGCACGUGCGACAUUUGCGCAAAUUUUAUCCGCGGUUGAGUAUUGCCACAAUACCGGGGUGGCUCAUCGUGAUUUAAAAGCGGAAAAUUUAUUACUUGACGCUCACAUGAACGUUAAAAUAGCGGACUUUGGGUUCAGCAAUCGAUUUGUACCCGGUGAGAGACUUAGCACGUGGUGCGGAAGCCCUCCUUAUGCCGCGCCGGAAGUCUUUCGCGGCAAACAUUACGCUGGACCUGAAAUUGACGUCUGGAGUUUGGGAGUCGUCUUGUAUGUUUUGGUCUGCGGAGCGCUGCCCUUCGACGGAUCGACGCUUCAAUCUUUACGUGAUCGUGUUCUGAGCGGGCGAUUUAGGAUUCCAUAUUUCAUGAGUACUGAUUGCGAAAGCCUAAUACGCAAGAUGUUAGUCUUGGAGCCAACAAAACGUUACACAAUUCCACAAAUAAAGAGGCAUCGUUGGCUCAUUGGCACUACUGAUUCCGUCUGUCCAAUCAUCACCACGACACCAUCAGCUCUGCAGGAGCCUAAUGAACAAAUAUUGAGACUUAUGCAUAGUUUAGGAAUUGAUAUAUCUCGUACCAAAGAUUCACUGAAAAACAACAGCUACGACCAUCACGCUGCCAUAUACUUUUUGUUGCUCGAGAGACUGAAGCAACACCGUAGCAGCAGUAUACCAACGAAUAACAGCAGUGGUGCGUGGCCUGUGUCACGGACUAAAGACGAUAAGUUUAAGUCAAGAGCCAGAGAUGACGGCAGAAGUGGCAAGAGAUUCAGCUCAACGAGUUCAUCGACCGAUGAAGGGUGCUGCAGCGCUGAGGGCGAUCUCGAAGAGGGUCCGAGCGGAGACGAGCUCAGAGAGGCUCAAAUUAAACUCCAGGAGCACAGGCUGGGCUUGGAUCAAGACAUUAGCCAGAGAAUUGACAGUCAGAUCGUUAAUCGCCGGCUGAGCGAUUAUCAACAUCACCACUUUGACAAUAUCCUGGAUCCUAUUGAUCCGCCGAGUCGGGCGACUAUUUUUGGAGCGGGCAGCUCCUCCUCAGACUUGUUUGAGUCUAGUUUUGACUCGGGCUGUCCGUCUGAUUUGACUAUCACCGGAUUUACAAGCAGUCUACCGUCUUGCACUCCGCCUCCGCCAAAAAGCCCCUCGCCGAUUGCGGCAAGACUCUCUAGGACUGGUCAAGGAAGACGGGCGUCUGAUGGUGGGCCCAGGCUGCUGUUUGGACAGCAGAAUAACUCCGCGGAGAGACCUGCCAAGCAGCGAAGCAUCCAAGAUUCAGGAAAAGCUCGAGGUCACCUAGACCUGGUGCACCUCCGGCCAAGCUCAACGUCUCCGAGCCAGCAGCCGUUUAAAAUCCGUGCGGAUUCGAGCAUGCACUUGCAGCUGAUGGUGCAGCAGCGAAUGCUACAGCAAAAAAGGAACAUGUACCACAGGCAUCGCGGUGGCGUAAGUCCGACUCCAUUGUCCUCCGCGGACGGCAAAGUGUCCUCAUCCUCGUCGAGCUCACUGGCGAGGCGCAGCAACGUCACCGGGGAGCACGUGCCUCGACAAGACAGCUACAAGCUGGCCCAGCGCAAGCAAAUUUUGCCUCCUUUGUCCCAAGUCCAGGAUGACGAUACCACUGAUGAAUUUGAUCGCGAGCGAGAGCGCGAAGAAGAGCGAUGGACUAGUUUACCCUCUAGACUUGCGACUGAUUGCCAAUUGGCUGAACGUACAUUGCUUUGGAGUCAACAGGUGGGUUUAAGUGGAGGUGCGUCGUACCUACCUCCAGGAAGCGUCGGAGCAGGCUUUCUCUGGCCAGUCGGAAGCAAUCCACAUGCGACGAUAUUUGAAAAUACUGGCGAUCCAAUGGAAUAAAUUUUAUAAACAAUCAUUUAUUUUUUUUUUUUAACUCAUUUAAUUGUACUCGAUAAAUUUUACUAGGUUUUUAAUUACAAAGUGUAAUUUUAAAAAAUCCGAUCGUUGCUGAUUUAAUUGAGAUUAAUUGUUAUUAUUUUCAAGAGCUUUUUUAAU